AUGCCUCCAGAUAUGAUCCUAUAUGGAAGCGUCUCAAACCACCUGAGUCGAACUCAAUCAACAGGGUCGUCCGAGAUGGACCAACUGCGGCCUAGUCAGACCGGAAUGACGGAUGAGUUUGAAGAGGACGUGGGCGAUGACGAACCAGAGGCCGCUGCUGUUGGCGUGAGUUCCAGGCAGCCUGGCGAUCUCGUCGAACUAAAGCAAACUGGCUCGCGAGUACCUCUCUUUGCAAUCUAUCUGGGGUAUUUUGGAGAGAGGAACCAUUUCUAUGCUUCCAACGGCAGAUGGCUAACCAGCAUGGGAUACUCGCCUCUAUUCACGGUUGCCAAGUUCGUGAGCAAGGAAGAAUUGGCACCUGUACUGGCCAACAUGCCCAAGAGCGGGUCUCCUGAAGUGUUUGAGGACCUUCGUCGCAACGAAAAGGGUCCUUCCAGAGAUGACGGCGCUCAGCUUAUCCAGAAGAUGGUUGAUUUCAGAUUCAAAGCAGAUGCAGUUUAUCAGAACCACCUCGAGAGAAUGGACGCAGUCCGCAAUUUUCUGUCAACUCGACGGCAAGUCAGCUAUCUUAGCCUCUUCGAAAUUGCCGAUGUAUUACUCCCGGAAUCUCUCAAAGUAGAUGGCCGCUUUCCCCCCUUUGCCCUCUAUGCCGUCCACUCAGCCCUCUAUCAGAAUGAGAUUGGGUUUCGACCACUGAGCCCUACCAGCGAUUGCCAUCGCCGAGAUCAUUUAUUCGAAAUCUUCCCCCAGUCCCAUGCGAAUACCAUCAAUAAAGUUGUUGCCAUGGUUCGUGACUACGCAGAAACCAGUGGGAAACGCCUAAGACCGCCCAAACCUGAUGAGCUGGAGGAGACUUUACUAGGCAAGUUCAUCAAUCAGGCACGCAAGAUAGUUUUGGCCAGUCGCUCGAAGCGACAGUGGACACCCCAUGGCAUCCUCACACCUGCAGAUGGUGUGCAGUUGCCGCAGCCAGAAUGGUCCUAUUCUAGCAAGGAUAUCAUUGCGUUCCUGGAAUGGUGGGCGAGUUACGAUCUAUUUGAGCCUGGAUCGAAGUUUCAUGGUCACGGCGCCUUGAUCCUCCGCGCUCUCCAACUAUACGACGACGCUGUUCUCGACCAGAGCACGGCCUGGACGUUUUUACAAGAAAUUGGCAUGAUCCCUCCUUGGGAAGUCCCGUCACGUUACAAAGUGCGGUUUCCAGAUGUCACAAUAGCUAGGGGUGGUGGUUUAGAGCGAGAGAUUCCCAAAGACAUUGGAGAAUCCAAGCGACCAGACAUUGCAGCGGGAUUCAGACGAGAGCAUACGCAAUCUACAAUAUUCUGCAUCGACGCCGUGUCGACUAUUGUCAUUGACGACGGUAUCUCGGUGGAACGCACGGAAACCCCAGACGAAUUCUGGCUUCAUGUUCACGCGGCAGAUCCCGCCUCCAGUAUCAAGCCAAACUCUGACCUGUGCAAGUACAUGGAGCUGAUUCCAGAGAACAUUUACCUGCCUGGGCACUUUCAAGCUAUGCUUCCAUCCAGCUUGGGAGAAGAGGAUGAUGCCAAGGACUAUGCCUCCGACGGCCUCGUUGGCCAGUUUUCACUCAAGCCAGGUAGCCCGGCAUUAACUUUCAGUGCCAAAGUCAAUAGAUCUGGCGAGUUGCUGGAUUUCAAGGUCGAACCCAGCAAACUCGAAAAAGUCGUCUACUUGGAUCCCGAAGAUGUAUCCCAGUUUUGCAACGAGCCAGCACCACCACCAGUCCCCAACUAUAGCCUAACCGUCGGAACUCUUGAAGGAAACGGGGAGCCCAAGUUAAACCGCCCGAUGACUGCCUCUCAGGACUUGGAUGCGUCCAGCAAAGAGGAUUUGUUAUUGUUAUAUCAACUCGCCGAAGCCAUUAAGAAGAAGCGUCUCGAAAAGGGGGCGUGGCCAUACUUCUUCCCGAGGCCCUCCGUCUCUGUAUCAUUUCGUGAUACACCCGAUGCAGCAGACAAAUCCAAGGUUUUGCCUGCUGAUCCGUACAUCAAGGCUGCCUAUGAGACAUCGACAGGCUGUUCUGUCGUCUCCAACACCAUGGUUCUGGCCGGUGAAAUCGCGGCACGCUGGUGCUCAUCUCGAGGCAUCCCCAUCCCCUACCGGAGGGACAUCAAGUUCAGGCAUGGUGGGAAAAAGGUAUUCGAUUAUGCUACGAAGGAGAUUUACCCUCUGAUCCGUAGGGGGAUCGAGCCAAGUGGCAGCCAGCGGCAAGAAAUGAUGCGGCAUACCGGUGGAAUCGAGAUAUCGAGUCAACCUGGCUCAUACUUCCUUCUUGGGCUGGAUAUGUAUGCCAAAGCUACGUCGCCGCUGCGCCGCUUCUCCGAUCUGCUCGUCCACUGGCAGAUCCACGCUGCCUUGCAACACGAGCGGACCACUCAGCGAACCAUUGAUCCCAGCACCGACAACCUGGACGAUAUUCUUCCCUUUUCUUCUACCCAGCUUGCGACGACCCUUCCACUGCUACAGGUGCGCGAGAAGAUGGCUCGCACGGUCUCCCGAGGCAUCCUCGAGUGGAUCCUCAUCGCCCUUGUCCGUGCAUGGCGCUUCGAGAAGACGGCUCCUCGCAAGCUCCGGUUUACCGUCGGCUCACGCUGGCGACAGGGCUGCAUUGGCAGGGUGGAUUUCUUUGAUCUGCAUGCGGUGAUGGACAUUGAGGGUCUGAACCAGAAGGCCCUGAUCAAAGACGUCAAGGUCGGAGACCAGUUCGAAGUCGAGAUUGCGGAUAUCAAUGUACACUCUCGGCGUAUCCUCGUCAAGGCCCUGCAGUAUCUCGGCCGUAAUACCGGCGAGGUUUCAUCGACGUCAGCUCUAACGUGA